GUUAUGUGUGACUCUCCAGCCUGCGAAUUAGGACUGAUGGACUGUUGCGGGCCCUGCCUGUUUUCUAACCAUUGCUUUUGCCUUAUCCGUAGACCUUUGGACCUGAUGCCUGUUCCGAGAAAUCUGUGGUUUUACCUGCAACCCUCUACCACCUUCAAAGAGGAGUCCAUCAUCCCACUAUCCCCUGAACCUUUGGACCUGAUGCCUGUUCCGAGAAAUCUGUGGUUUUACCUGCAACCCUCUACCACCUUCAAAGAGGAGUCCAUCAUCCCACUAUCCCCUGAACCUUUGGACCUGAUGCCUGUUCCGAGAAAUCUGUGGUUUUACCUGCAACCCUCUACCACCUUCAAAGAGGAGUCCAUCAUCCCACUAUCCCCUGAGGUGGACAUUCUACACGAUGAUUCACAGGAGUGUGAGAACAACUUCACGGCAUGUGUCCCUGAGAUGAGACUGGUUAUUGUGGUCUGCAGCAUCAAAGCGGUCUUGGAAACAAACCAGGAGGCUUACUGGAUUCAUCAGACAAAGCUACACCUUCGAGAUACUCUUGUCUAUUUAAUAGGGAGUAAAAAUGGCAAGAUGAACUGGAUAGAGGAUGAACAGGGACUACAGGAUGUUCUUUCCAAGUGUGGUGUUAUUAAAUCAGGAAAGCCUAUUGGAAUCACCUGUCACUAUGCAGGCAAAGUAUUUUUUGAAACCCUGCUGAGGGACCUCUAUGAGACCACCGGCAUCAAGACAAAGCUACAUCUUAGCGAUAUUUUGGUCCUGGUCUGUCAGACAGGGGAGAAUAUUACCCAAGAGAUCUCUACAGAAGGGCUGCAAUCGCAAAAUAAAGAUGACCGCAAGAAAGUGGUGGUGACCCUUGAUCGGAAUGUUCCCGACACAGACAGUUGGCCACAGAAUCCACAAAGAUUUAUUAGCGAGGAAGUUUUUGAGAAUUUUGAGCAUCCUGACGGAGUACGUUCUGCUUGUGAUGAACUUGAGGCUCUAUCCUGGGGAUUCUUCCACACAGACUUGCCCCUUCCACAAAAGAUUGACAUCAAUAGCAUGCAACAGCGUUAUAUAAUAGGGGAAAAAAAUGGCAAGAAGAUGAACUGGAUAGAGGAUGAACAGGGACUACAGGAUGUUCUUUCCAAGUGUUAUGAUAUUAAAUCAGGAAAGGAUAUUAUUAGAAUCAUCCGUCACUAUGCAAAGACUGGAGAGAGUAAGUUCACAUACCUGAUGGUCAAAGAGUGGAUAUACAUUGUUGAUCCUACAAGUCUCUAUGUGUAUCCAGUUGGAAAAAAGCUUGACAACAAUGAAAUAAAAAACAUUAAAAAAGUAAAAAAAUGUAUUAUUGAUCAGAUAGGCAAAGAAAGAUACUCAGACAUGCAUAGUCAAUUUAAGACAGAUAAAGCUAAAAUACACUUUGCUGAAUAUGUGAAAAGGAUUUUUCUUGGAGAGCACCAUUAUAUACAUCCCCCCACUGAGGCCUGGUACACCACAUAUUUCACUGCAUCAGUUAUAUCUGAAUCUGCUAGAAACUUCCGGACAUUUCCUCUAAUUCUUAUGGCCCUAGAUAUGAUUGAAAGCUCAGACAACAUUAUCCGAGAGAAAGGACUGAAAUUUCUUUUUGAGGAACAUUCAAUGGCAUGUGGAGGUACUUGGAUAGACACAAAGAGGCGUGGAUUUAGUGGCUCAGCAAAAAUUCAGGCAAGUAGCCAAUUAUUAAAACUUAAAUCUGUCAUUAGAAAGGAAUUAGGAUUGUACCAAUCAUGGAAAAAAAUGCCUGAAAAUGUAGACAAUGUUAAGUCUAUAUCGAACAUGCUAAUAAAAUAUAAGUUAACUGAAAGUGAUUCAGUGAAACCAUUUGUUGAUGAGUACAAAAAGUUAAAAGAAAGCAGUAAAACCUAAAAUCUGCCACAAAUUUUAGAAUUCCUUUCAUGCUACAAGACUUCCAUUAACCAGGAAGUGGACACAUGGUUUCUUCCAGACCUCCCUGCCAGUUCCAUUGCUGCAUUGUAUUUGUUUGUGUAUUUUUUUUUUUUUUUUGUCCUUCAAGAAUCUUUGAGUAUUGUGACCCGCUUUAUCAAAUAUAAUACAAAUUAAAACUCCUAUAUGGAAAUUGAUGUUUGAAAAUGUUUUUGUUUUGUUCAGAAGGACCAAUAAA